AACGAUUUUGCAAAGUGAGUGAAACAUGGGAUGUUUCCGUAGCUCAAUUUUCUUGUUCACUUUGUUUGUACCGUUUGUUGCAACUGUAUUUACAGUUACAGUUUUCGAUUUGAAUACAAAAUUUUUCGAAAUUACUCAAUCACUUUUAGAAACCUUUAAUGGAGUGAAAGGGUUUCAUCACUCGGUUGAUUUAACAAGAAGACGUCUGCUUUCGAGUUUAAACAAAAUCACUCAUCAAAUUGCUGAAAUUAACAUGAGAAUCAAUACCACCGGUAGAUACGAAAGUAUGACAAACAGAAUGUUACGAAAUAUGCCUAAUGUUGUUAGGUUCGAAUUGAUGUUGCACUAUAUAAACACAUUACAAAUUUAUAUAAAUAUUUAUUACCAUGAGAUGGAAAACUAUGUUAAAAAUUUUGAUGACUAUGAAAAUGCAACGCUGUUAAACUUUGCCAAUCGAGUCUUGUCUGAAACGUCUAAUUCUGUUCCUUACAUGAUGGAAUCUAUGUAUCAGCAAGUAGUAAAACAAGAUAUUUUACAACUAUUUUUAAAACGUCUUGAUAUAACCGUAAGUGACUAUUUUUGUGAAGAGAAACAAUCAGCGGCGCAGAUCUUGCACGAUUUUAUGAAUGAAAUUCUUGUGACGAAUAUGAAGAGUUGCAUUGUGAUACAAACAGCUUACAUGAUCAAGAAAUUGUACAAGAACGGUAACUAUAAAAAAGAAAGCGAAGACGCCAACCACGCAUUUUGGGCACGAAAUAAGAAUAUAGUAUCAAUCAUGAAGACUUAUAUGGUAAAUGCACCUUUAGAACUGUGGAGAUGUGAUCCUGAAGAACACAAAAAAGAUGAAACUUAUCUUGAAAUCACAAACUUCCUCCACGGAAUUAUUUUAAAUAAAGUAAAUUUAGAUCCAAACGGAGGAUGUAGUAGGGAAUGCGACGUGUUUACUUAUACAACAAAUUAUCAGUGUCAUGAUAAUAAGUGGUGUAAUCAACAAACAACUUGUCCAAAAAUCAUCAACUGUCACUACAUCGAUUCCUCGAUGGAAGUUUGUACUUCCGAAAGCAUGAUUAGAACCAACAGAAGAUACGAUAAUGUCAAAUUUGGAAACGGAAAACAUUUUGGAAAAAGCAUGACUUGCAGCAAAUCGAGAACUUACUUGGAAACUUACCGAAGCUGGUUGAUCUUUAAAUGCUCCUACUGUUACUGUCUCUGUGAAGAAGGGCCAAAAUUCUUUUCCGAGAGAUACAUUAAUAUGCGUUUGGUUAAGUCAAAUAUUACUGAUAACAAAGUUGUGACCGGUUUGCGCUUUGUCAAAACCCACGGAAUCAUUCAUCUGCAAAUACAAGAGGGGAGAAUUCUCCCACAUGGACAGAUUAACAUUGACAGCGUUCGGUGGAUACCAGUUGAAGAUUAUAAUGUCAUUAAUAAAACCUAUGAGGAUGAUAAGGACUAUUAUACUCUUAAAUGGGAACAAAGAGAAUUCGAUUUGGUUGACAUAUUUGCUAAAGAGGGAAGCGUUGUCACUGGAGUUGCGUUUGAAAAAUUUAAUGGUCGACUGCACUUGAAUGUAUUAACAAAUCCAUACAAUUUCAAAACCGGGAGCCUGGGGCUAAAUACCACUUUACAACGUGGUCGUGUUCUUUAUGAUAAGCUCAAAUUUUCCAAAGAAUUGAAGCUUGACAGGGUCGAUGUUCCGAUUCGUUCAGAAGCUCACUCGAAUAAAUUUACCACGAACAAAUAUGUGAAAUUUACAAACACAGGAUACGAGAAAGAUGCUGGUCAAACGACGGUACCAUUUUUUGAUGCUCAACCCGUAGAAUCAGCUAUACCGGUUCCGUUAAGUGGGGUUGGGGUUUUUCACAAGGGAAUAUCCGGUUUUGGAGGAUUUAUUGCACCCAGAAUAUUCACUUAUAAUUUUACGAAACAUCUGGAAGGGGUGAUCAACCAGAUGAGCAAAAACGAUAAACUGUGAAAUAUUUACACCGUUUGGAAGAUAAAGUAGACCAAUGUGUAACAUUAAAAAAAUAUAUAUCACAACUGAUGGGUA